GAUGUCUCCAGGCAAUCCUAUUUUGAGAAAGGGAGUUUCCAUGAAAAACAUACUUCCUAGUUAAAAUCUAUGAGAAGCAUAUGACAUAGACCCUGUCCUUUGUCAAACGGAAAGCCAUCCCGCCAUCAUGUCUGGACUGCAACCUCUUGAGAAGAGCCUGCUGGAAAUCAUUGCACUCUUCAACAGAUACGCCAAGAAAGAGGGGCACACGAAAACAAUGUCAAAGAGGGAGGCUUCAGAACUGAUCAGCAAGGAGCUGCCAAACUUCAUGGGGAAAUGUGACCCCAAGAACGUCCCCGAUCCGGAUGGAGAUGGUGAAAUGACCUUUGAAGAAUUCACCGUGAUGAUUCUGACGGUGGCCAAUGCCUUCAAUGAGAUGAUCAAUUCAUACUGAGGCCAGGUCAGCAGCUGCCUGGUGCUCCUUUAAGGAAAUAAAAACCGAACCAAACUGAA